AUGCGACAACCAAAACGGGCAAGAAAACAGAAAGAAAAAGAAAUCUCAGAUGACGAAACUCCAAAAAAGAAGCCCGUUUCAUCUCGAGAUCCAAUAAUACUCGAAAAUUGUGUUCAAGUGACACCAGAAGGAUAUCCAUAUGCGACAGUUGAUGAGUCUGAUAUCGAAAAGUUUCAUUCAAAAGAACAAAUAAUCGAUAUGCUUACGAAUUCGCAGCAAAUUUGUAAUAUUCGAAAAUCCGGAUGGUUUCUCGAGACUCCGCCCCCUCUACCACCUCUAACCUCGGAAAAAGGUUGCUUCGCCUUCUAUCUCAACGGAAAAUCUGCAAUAUGCGCCAAAGAUUUGACGACAGAUGAGCUGAAACCGUGGAGUGGAACCAGGGAUCCACUGAAUCCGAAAGCAAUGAUUAUCAAGCCAAAUGUCAGAAGACAUCCUAUUGCAUUUUUGGAUGGAAAUUUCAAGAUUGUGUCGAAGGAGGCGGAGAUUGCAGAGUAUCAUUUGACAGAGUACACAGCGAGAUUACCGAGAGAUCAGAGAUUAAAGAAGAAGGUAUUCUACAUGACACGUGACAACAAAACGUUCGGCAAUGUGCUCAUCAUCUACAACUACACGGAUUCUGGCGUUCCGCCCACUGUGAUUGUGAAAGAACCGAAAGUGAGAAUUCGAAAGCCCCGAAUGUCGAAUAAAAAGCGACGUGCUGCUCGAAUUGGUCUGAUAAUGGAUGAAGAUGACGUGGACUUUCGGAAACGUCCUCACAACGAGUGUCACGAGAACGUCAUGAAGGUCACGUAUAAACGUUCAAGAGAGGUUCCAGCUGAGAGAUGGAGAAGUGAUCCACUAGAAGAAUUGCAUAAAAUGGACACUUUUGGGACUGGUUUUGAUGCGGAAUUCAUGGAAAGUGAAGCGGAAAAAAAGAAGAAUAACGAGGGAUUCUAUGAGAAACCACGAGUGUUAUCCACUGGACACGUGUUUCUGACAGUUAGACAUAUGAAGACUGUCACCAAUCUGGAUCAAGUACUGCAUUUUAUAGCAAAUUCUAAUAUUGUUGACGAACUCGAUGUGAUGAACCAUAGUAAGCCAUUGUAUCCACCGCUUGUCACAAAUGCAGGUGGCUAUGCAUUUUUUGUGAAUGGCGCCUCGAUACUCUCGAGAAGUGUCAAUCAUGAUAGCUUCUCGCCGUGGUCUUCAAAUGGAAAAGGGGAGAAUCCAACGAAAUAUCGAUCGAAAACGAGAAAGAUUGGGGCUCGAAUGGUGGAUGGGCAGUUUCGAUUGGAUUUGAAAAAGGAUUACAAGGAGUGUCUGUAUCAUUUGGUAUCGCUUUAUACGAUUAAUCCGAGGGAAACGAGAUUAAGAAAGAAGAUUUUCUAUAUGGUGGAGACCGAAUCAACCAUGGUUAUCAGUUGUGCCAUGAUACUUUAUGAAUACGCGACGAACGGUGAGAUUCCAGGAUUUGGUCCCGCUGGAGCAUGUUACUAUAAUAAGAUUGAAGAAGAACCACCAAGACCACAAUCGCUGCCACCGGGAGAUGAAGACGAAUGGUAUGAAGAGGAUGAUUCCGACGAUGAUGAUUAUUACGAGGAAUUAAUGGAGGGAGAUGUUGAUGAAUGGGAUCGGUGGCCAAUGUAUUAA